AGUGAUGUACAUAAUUUCUCUUGCUAAAGGUUAUUGUUAAGGCGGGCGCUUUAUCUCAACACUUACACUGUUUGUGUGGAUGUACCAUAGUAUAAGCCAGUUGAAAUCUGUGAAUAAAGUUAGGCAGAGAAGGAUUCAACCAAGAAUGCCUGAACCAGAAUGGAAAGGAGACUGAGGAUAGGAGGUUCCAUUCUUUGAUUUAAAUUCAGCUGUAUCUCCCAAACAAUAUCCAAGCCACUAAUUGAUUCCUUAUCAGGGACUCUCCAGGAGUGAUUGGUUGCAAUGAUAAAUAAUCAGCUUACUUUUCUCUUGCUGUUGUCCAUCCUGGAAUGGAGCUCAACCAUGCUCCGCCCAGUUCCUGGAUUCAGCACUGGUGAUAAGGAUGGACGGACGCUUCACCGUUCUAAGCGUGGAUGGAUGUGGAAUAGUUUCUUUCUCUUGGAGGAGUGGACUGGAAGUGGAAAGCAGUAUGUAGGCAAGCUUCAUUCUGAUAUGGACACAGAGGAUGGUUCUGUGAAGUAUGUCCUUACUGGAGAUGGAGCAGGCACAGUUUUUGAAAUUGAUGAAAACUCUGGUGAUAUUCAUGCAACAAGAAGAUUAGACAGAGAGGAGAAGUCCUCAUACACACUCAGUGCAAAAGCAGUCAACAAAACAUCUGGUCAUGUCCUGGAGAGAACCUCAGAAUUUGUCAUCAAAAUCCAUGAUAUCAAUGAUAAUGAGCCAAAAUUCAGUAAGGACACCUACGUGGCCAGCGUACCGGAGAUGUCCAAUGUUGGUGCAUUUGUGAUGAGAGUAACUGCUACAGAUGCCGAUGAUGAAUCUUAUGGAAACAGUGCCAAGCUUGUGUACAGUAUACUACAGGGACAGCCAUACUUCUCUGUAGAACCAGAAACGGGUGUGAUAAGGACAGCUCUGCCCAAUAUGAUUCGGGAGAACAGGGAACACUAUCAGGUGGUCAUCCAGGCUAAGGAUAUGGCAGGUCAGAUGGGUGGUCUUUCAGGGACUGCCACAGUCAAUAUCACACUGCUGGAUGUCAACAACAGCCCUCCUCGCUUCCCUCAUAGUACAUAUCAUCUCUCAACGGCUGAGUCAGCUGAAGUGGGAUCUUCUGUUGGCCAAAUAAAAGCAAAUGAUGCAGACGCAGGGGAGAAUGCUGAAAUGUGGUACAGCAUCGUGGAAGGCGAUGGGCAAGAUGCAUUCAGUGUCAUUACAGAUAGAACUAUUCAGGAAGGGGUGAUCAUAAUUAAGAAGCCACUAGAUUAUGAAAGCAAGAGGUCAUACUCACUGCGUGUUCAGGUGACAAACACACAUCUGGAUCGGCGAUUUGACCAUCUAGGUCCAUUCAGCGACACAGCAACAGUCAGGAUUCAAGUCACAGAUGUAGACGAACCACCUGUUUUUGGUCAGGCCCAUUAUACCUUUGAGGUGGAUGAAGACACAUCACCUGGUAAUCCUGUAGGAACUGUAAGUGCUCAUGACCCUGAUGCUGCCAAUCACUUGGUCAAAUACACCAUCGAUCGCCACACAGAUCUAGAGAGGCUGUUUAAUAUUGACUCUAACAAUGGAACCAUCAGCACAUUGCAAGCUCUGGACAGGGAGACGUCCAAAUGGCACAAUAUCUCUGUUCUGGCUACCGAAAUAAGUACAUCUCUACAGACUAGAGUCCCCGUGUUCAUCAAAGUUCGAGAUGUGAAUGAUAAUGCUCCUGAGUUUGCAAUGUAUUAUGAGACGUUUGUCUGUGAAAAUGUCAAAGCUGGACAGCUUAUUCAGACCAUAAGUGCUGUGGAUACAGAUGAGCCACUUGUAGCUCAUAAGUUUGUCUUCAGCCUGAGCACAGUCAACCCCAACUUUACCAUUUUUGACAACGAAGAUAACACUGCACGGAUAUUGACACGCAGGAGUAGCUUCAACCGACAUGAGAUGAGCUCAUACCUGCUGCCUGUGGUAAUCUCAGACAAUGAUUAUCCUAUACAGAGCAGUACAAGCACUCUAACUGUGCGAGUAUGUUCUUGCGACAGUCGUGGGAAUGUGCAGUCAUGCAGCACUGAAGCCUUACUGCUCGCUGCUGGUCUGAGCACUGGAGCCCUCAUCGCUAUCUUACUGUGUAUCAUCAUACUGCUCAUGAUUGUGGUCAUGUUUGCGGCACUGAGGCGGCAGAGGAAGAAAGAGCCACUGAUUAUUUCCAAAGAGGACGUGAGGGACAACGUGGUGAGUUACAACGAUGAGGGUGGAGGGGAAGAAGACACACAGGCCUUCGAUAUUGGCACUCUGAGGAAUCCUGAAGUCAUUGACACCAACAAGAUUAGACGGGACAUCAUCCCAGAAAUGCUCUUCCCCUGCCGACGGGUCUCACCUAUUAAAAACAACGCAGAUGUGAGAGACUUUAUUAAUGGCCGCCUUCAGGAGAAUGAUUUGGACCCCACGGCACCACCAUAUGAUUCACUGGCCACUUAUGCCUAUGAAGGCAGUGGUUCUCUUGCAGAAUCUCUUAGUUCUCUUGAGUCAACAGCAACUGAAGGAGAUCAGGAGUUUGAUUAUCUUAGUCAGUGGGGUCCACCAUUUAGAAAAUUGGCAGAUAUGUAUAUAGCAAAAGAGAUGCAAAGAGAGACUUAGGACAGUGUUGCUCUGUACUGAGUAUUACAGAUUUACAUCACUCCAAGAUCUCAAAUUCAAAUCAAAUUCAAAUUUUAUUUGUCACAUACACAGUCAUACACAGUACGAUAUGCAGUGAAAUACUUGAUCUCAAAUCAGAAUUUAUUUACCCAAUUGUAUAAUCCAGUAAGAGUCAAAAAAGACUUGAAAAACAUACUCAAAUUAAUUUUUACACUUGAAUUUUUUUUUCUCUUCUUAUACUUAAUCUUGUUCUUUUUUUCCCCUGUCCUCUAUGUCCUCUUUACUUUAUAUCCCAUAAGAUGCCUUUAAGGUUUAGGAAUUUGUUGUGAUAAAUGGUGUGAAUAAUGUGUUUUGUACGUACGAACAGUGAUAGCAGCUUUAUAUACUAUUGAUGUUUACUAAAAAAUAAAUGGAAAACAAUCUGAUUAUUAGCUUAGCUUUUCUUGCAAACCAUAUAUAAAAUACAUGUAAACUAUUUGGUAUCAUGGGUUCAAAGGCAGUCUUAUAGUGAAAGUUUUUUUAAUGGUUCAAAGUGUCAAUGUGUCACAUUACAGCACAUUGAAUUAGAUUAUGUAUCUUUUAGUAAACCUGGUCAUACAGUCUUCAUUCUGGUUGAAUGCUGUCAUAUUGUU